UAUUUGCCAUAAGUGAUGACUACGUUACUCAACACUGUUGUUUCAACACCUUUUUGUUGAGUCGAAGACGUCGCCACGUAAAUAGUGGUCCGAUUUUAGAUUUUGAAAUAGCUGACACACAACUUGCAAUCCCAUAAUGGCUCCCCAGCAAAAGGGUAAACAGGGCACGAAAGGCGCCAAGCAAAUCGUGGAGGAAAACAAGACUACACUGGCUUUCUACCGGAACAUGGCCAUUGGAUGCGCUGCACCCGCGCUGCUGCUUAGUUUCCUGGUCUUUCAAGUCAGCACCACCUCAGUGCUUAUGCACAUUCUGUCGUUGCUGAUCCUGGGGAGCUCCUACCAGUUUAUGGCGUUCAUGUCAAAGGCUAAAUACUCUGAGAGCGGUGCUCUUUUGGACUCCGGCAACGACUUGAAUAUGGAAGGCGGCAUUGCGGAAAACGUCAAGGAUCUCAUCAUUCUUACUUCCGGCACCCUCCUGCUGGCCCUCAUCUCCAACUACUUCUGGCUGGUGCUGCUUUUGGCGCCUAUCCGAGCUGGAUGGAUGCUCUGGGGCAGCGUUAUUCAGCCAUGGCUGUCGCAGCGAAACGCCCAGGACGAGAAUCCCGAGGUCGACGAGAAAAAGCAAAAAAAGAUGGAGCGCAAAAUGCGUCGCAUGAGAUAGAAGCCACCUCCCUAGGUGGCUACGGGUUACGGGGUUCCUGGUUUUAAUGAGAUUCUACGCUUAGUUGUGUGUGCGUUUCCAAAUUGUUAAUUGUUCAGCAAAUUAAACUGCUCGAGACAAAAGACAAUCCAUUGUUUUAGUUAGUCAAAGCAUUUGUGCGAUUUAAUUGCGGUGAAUUUUCAAAGACGCAAACUUUGCGAGGGAAAUUGCAUUUCCUCAAGGCUGCCUCCGAUUUUUUGUGCAUUGUAUAUAUUCGUGUAAUUGUUUAUAAAUAAAUGUGCUUCAGUGCAGCAGGAA